ACCGCACUCCGCAGCGCUAUCGUUUAGUCGUGUAUUCUACGUCGUACGAGUCAGACCAGUUAGACGCACGAUGGUGUGGAAGUCCACGACCGUGAUCUUCAUUAUUACCUGCGCUUUAAUAUCCAUUUUUUUCCGGUCAACUCCUAUAGAUGUACCGGAUUUGCCGGAGACAUUUUGGGGUCCCGAAAGAAAUAAAGGAGCCUCGAAUGAAGUACGGCCAUUCGUUAUUAAAGUAACGAAGUCGGUAAUUGACGACCUAAAUGAGAGGAUCUUAAAGAGAAGAGAAUUUGUGGAACCACUGGAGGAUGCUGCGUGGACUUACGGUAUCAGUACGACGUAUUUGAAAGAUGUUCUUGAGUAUUGGCGUACAAAGUAUAACUGGACCGAGCGGGAAGCAUUGCUCAACAAGUACCCACAAUACAUGACCAAUAUACAAGGUCUGGACAUACAUUUCUAUCAUGUGAAACCACAUAUCCCGCCGGAGCGUAAGAACGUAAAGGUUUUGCCACUGUUGAUUGUCCAUGGUUGGCCAGGAUCCGUAGUGGAAUUCCAAAAAAUUAUUCCCAUGUUGACGACGCCGCGCCCAGACAGAGACUUUGUGUUUGAGGUGAUAGCGCCGUCACUUCCGGGUUAUGGAUUCUCGCAAGGGGCCGUGCGACCCGGAUUGGGAACGCCACAGAUAGCUCUUAUAUUUAAAAAUCUUAUGCUGCGCCUCGGUUUUGGCAAGUUUUAUACGCAGGGCGGAGACUGGGGCUCCGCUGUUGUUGCGCAUAUGUCUAGUCUUUUCCCGAACAACAUUCUUGGCACCCAUAGUAAUAUGUGUCUGGUCAUGAGCAAGUCCAGUACGAUAUGGAGAGUAAUCGGCUCUAUCAUGCCAUCGCUCGUCGUCGAGAGCCAAUAUGCCGAUAGAAUGUACCCAUUGGGGUAUCAUUUCGGUCGACUUCUCGAGGAAUCUGGAUAUAUGCAUAUACAGGCUUCUAAACCAGAUACUAUAGGCGCUGCUGUGGGAUCCUCGCCAGUCGCACUAGCAGGAUAUAUUUUGGAAAAAUUCAGUACAUGGACGAAUCCAGAGUACAGAUUUCGUCCCGAUGGCGGUCUCCUCGAGAAGUACACGUUAGAUGAGCUUUUAGACAAUGUUAUGCUUUAUUGGAUUAACAACGCCAUAACUACAAGUGUACGACUUUACGCCGAACAGUUUAGGGUCAUGCAUAUGGCGAGCAGGAUCGACGAAUUGCCUGUCGAUGUGCCAGCAGCGUGCGCGGUGUUCCCUUACGAAAUAAUGUAUCAACCGGAAAGCCUCCUUCGUGAAAAAUAUACUAAUCUGAUACAAUUUAAUCACUUGCCGCGCGGAGGUCAUUUCGCUGCAUUUGAAGAACCAACUCUUGUAGCGGAUGAUAUCUUCAAGUUUGUGUCCACGGUUGAAGAUACCAAAAAGAAAAGUGUUAAUAAAAAUACGCCGAAUGCAGGGAAGAAGAUAAAGGAACCCACAAAAAUUUGAGAGAAUAUUUAAGAAUAGCUGUGUGCUAUUUUAAUUAAAAGAACAAAAAAAUGCCAAAAAAUGCACAGACACUAAACUUGAUCGCCUAUACAAACGAUGUCGUUGCAUUUUCUCUAGUUUUGUAUAAUAUGAAAAUUCUUUCAAUAAAAGAAUUAUUUUCCUAAA